AGACUCCUGUAUUAGCUAUGUGACUCUGGGCAAGUCACUCAAUCCUGAUUUAUGUCAAAAAAAAAAAAAAAAGGUUUAGGAACUCUAGCCCUAGCAACGCAUCACCUGAUCCAGUGGGGGUGGGGUCUUGAUUCAGACAGCGAGGCUACUACUGGCCUGCACUGCAGCCGCGAUGUCGAUGUUCUCUUUCCCCGAGCUCUACUUCAACGUGGACAACGGCUAUGUGGAUGGGUUGGUCCGGGGCUUCAAGGCCGGGUUCCUCAGAAUGGCAGAUUACCGUCAGUUGGAGCAGUGUGAAACUCUUGAAGAUAUGAAACUACAUCUCCAGACCACGGACUAUGGAAACUUCCUAGCGAAUGAGAUAUCCCCAUUAACGGUGUCAAUCCUUGACGACAAACUCAAGGACAAGAUGGUAGCCGAGUUCCGGCACUUGAGGAAUCAGGCCUACCAACCAUUGGCCGGCUUCCUGGACUUCAUCACCUACAGCUACAUGAUAGAUAAUGUCAUCUUGUUGAUAACAGGGACCUUGCACCAUCGCUCAGUUGCGGAGCUUGUGCGGAAGUGCCAUCCUCUAGGCGGCUUUGAGCAGAUGGAGGCGGUGAGCAUUGCUCAAACCCCAGAAGAGUUAUAUAAUGCUAUCUUAGUGGAUACCCCACUGUUUUCCUUCUUCCAAGACUGCAUCUCUAAGGAGGACCUUGAACAAAUGAACAUUGAAAUUAUUCGAAACACAUUGUACAAAGCCUAUCUAGAGGCUUUCUAUAAAUUAUGUAGCACACUAGGGGGUAUCACAGCAGCUACCAUGUGCCCUAUCCUGGAGUUUGAAGCUGACCGCAGAGCCUUCAUCAUCACCAUCAACUCAUUUGGCACUGAGCUCUCCAAGGAGGAGCGGGCCAAGCUGUUCCCACGUUGUGGGAUACUCCACCCUGAUGGUCUGACCCUGCUAGCUCAGGCUGAGGACUACAAAGAGGUUAAAACUGUGGCCGAUUACUACCCGCAGUAUAAACUUCUCUUUGAAGGGGCUGGCAACCAUCCUGGUGAGAAAACCUUGGAGGAUCUAUUAUUUGAGCAUGAGGUGAAACUGAAUAAGCUGACCUUUAUCAAACAAUUCCACUUUGGCGUCUUCUAUGCCUUCGUGAAGCUCAAAGAGCAGGAAUGCCGAAACAUUGUGUGGAUUGCCGAAUGCAUCUCCCAGCGCAAUCGGACCAAGAUCCGCAGCUAUAUCCCCAUCUUCUAGCAUCCCUCUCUGAUCCCUUGUUUCCUACCUUUUGGCCAUGACAUUCUAUGAGCCCCGCUGAGAACAGGCAGUGGUCCCUCUGUCCGUGUUUGUAGGGUUCACUGUUUUGGCUUCUUCCAUAUAUACUUGAUAUUGAAGAAGCAGGGCUUCUUCUCCCUUCCCCCUAUCCCCUAUCCUCUAGACUGAGACCUCUGGAGCUGUUAGGGCUAGAGUUUCGGGAGCUAAGAUCCGGGUAUCAGAGCUGACCUCCCAUCCCCACAAGUAGUCUCUGUAACUUGUGUGGUUAAAAAAAAAACCCUGACCUAAAAUAAAGAUGAAUAGAGGGGUACCCCUAUCUUGAUGUUUUUCAGCUGUUAAAAGAAUCUGAGAAGCAUUCUGAGUCAUUUUGAUAUUUCUUCAGGAAAGCCAGCUUGAUCACAACUUUUGCCAUCCUCUUUCUCAUCUAUUCCAGGGCCAAAUUCUCAGUGGAAAUUCCCAUUGUAUGUAUUAGGGACAGGGGAGUACCUCACAUAGUCAUUCUCUCCCUAACAUACACCCAUAUAUAUGCACACAUACAGACCUUUCCAUUAACACAAGCCAGGGCUCUGGCUCUGGAAAUUAAGGAGUCUUUCCUCUUCCUGUCAUCCUUUACCAGGAGGCUUUGGUACAAAAGUCAGGGAACUGUGCAGAAUUUUCUCUUAUCAACUGGGAUGUCUCUCUUCUCUCAAACUCAUCUUAAGUCUGUGUGUAUGUGUGUGUAUAUGUGUGUGUGUGUGUGUGUGUUUCUCUUAACAAUGAAGUUUCCCAUUCUGUGAAAUAAUAAAAUGUUAAGAGAUUUAGA